AGUUGCAAUUCGUUAUUAAUCGGAGAGUAGAGGGCUAACUCUCAAAUCCAGAACAGCGUUCUUAUAAAUAUAGAAGUUAAACCGGUUUCAGGCUUCCAGGAUAAUAUACUAGAAGCCUAUUUUGAUCAUCAAGCGAGGGGAAAACAAAAUGGCGGAAUAAGGAAAAACUCACAAAACCUUUCAGAAUCCCACUAAAACUCGUACAACCUUUUUUUUUUCUUUCUUCUAUAUAAAGAAAUCCAGAGUUCCUGAAAAGCCUUAAACUCCAAGAAAGGUUUCAUACUGUUGAAGAAUUUCGAAGACAUUUUCCAGAAUUUGAUUUUUGUUUAUAAGAUUGCUGGAUUUUGGUGAAAGUGUUGGAUUGUUUUGAUUUCGGAAGAAAGUUUGGGUUUUUGUGAGAGCAUUGGAUUCUAUUUGUCAGAAUUACAGUGGAUUUUGUCAGAUUGUGGCAGUUUUGAUAGACUACUUCCAAAAAGUUCCAAUCUUUUUGGGGGUUUAGGUUAAUCAAUCAUGGAUAGAAUUUUAUUAGCUGUAAUGGAGGAAACUCAAGCACAAGGACUAUCAGUGUUAACAGCAAUGAAGUUUGCUGUUUUACCUAUCGCUAAAGUUUUCGCAAUGUGCUUCUUGGGUUUUCUAAUGGCUUCUAAAUAUGUGAAUAUCUUACCUGCAAGUGGAAGAAAACUUCUUAAUGGGUUGGUCUUUACACUUCUACUUCCAUGUUUGAUUUUCUCUCAGCUUGGAAGAGCUGUAACUUUGCAGAAAAUGCUUGAGUGGUGGUUUAUUCCAUUCAACGUUAUUCUGGCUACCAUUUCAGGUUCUUUAAUUGGCCUGGUUGUUGCUUCAAUUGUUCGGCCACCCUAUCCGUUCUUCAAGUUCACUAUUAUACAAAUUGGAGUAGGGAACAUUGGGAAUGUGCCACUUGUUUUGAUUGCUGCAUUGUGCCGAGACAAGUCCAACCCCUUUGGUGAUUCUAAUAUGUGUAGCCAAAAUGGGAAUGCCUAUAUCGCUUUUGGCCAAUGGGUUGGUGCCAUUGUCCUAUACACAUAUGUAUUUCAGAUGCUUGCACCUCCUCCAGAAGGUACAUUUGACAUUGAUGCUACAGUUCUUCCAAUCAAGAGUCACGCAGACGCUGAAAGUGGCACCCCUGAGCGACAACCGUUGCUUCCUCCAGAGGAGCCUGAAGAACCACAAGCAGCAUCAAAUAAUACAAAGCAUGGAAAAAUGAGAAGCUGUUGGGCUUAUGUGUAUGAUAAGUUGAAGCUCAAACAAAUCCUUCAGCCUCCGAUCAUUGCUUCUAUAUUGGCCAUGUUCCUUGGUUCAGUACCGUUUUUGAAGAAAUUGGUCUUCACAGAUGAUGCUCCGUUUUUCUUCUUCACUGAUAGCUGCAUUAUACUUGGGGAGGCCAUGAUUCCAUGUAUCUUACUGGCUUUGGGAGGCAAUCUUGUUGAAGGACCCGGAAGUUCAAAACUUGGAUGGAAAACAACUGCGGCAAUCAUCUUUGGGCGGCUAGUUCUGGUUCCACCUGCUGGUUUGGGCAUUGUUACAUUAGCUGAUAAGCUUGGUUUCCUUCCUGCAAAUGAUAAAAUGUUCAGAUUUGUCCUUCUCCUCCAACAUACGAUGCCCACAUCUGUGCUUUCAGGUGCUGUUGCCAGUUUGAGAGGAUGUGGAAGAGAAUCAGCAGCAGUACUCUUUUGGGUACAUAUAUUUGCAGUGUUCUCCAUGGCAGGGUGGUUAGUUUUGUAUCUCCGCAUUUUGUUCCCGUGAUUUCUUCAUUCUUUCUGUCAAGCUCUAGUAUAUGUUUGGAGUAUUUGUGAUUUCUUCAUUCUUUCUGUCAAGCUCUAGUAUAUGUUUGGAGUAUUUUCGUUCAUGUUAAAUGAUGUUCAUAUUUUAAUAGAAAUAUAUACAGAAGAAUCAAAAUCAUACUUUGGAAUACUGUCGUGAGAAAAAGUAAAUAACGAAAUAUAUGUACGAUCACCCCAAUAUAUGUGAGAGGUGGCCAAGCGGGGAGAUUAGACAAGAUUUUAACAUUUGUACUGUUGUGUAAAGUUUAUUCUUUCUCCA